UUUUUCCCAUAGUUUAGAUAGAUAGAAACAUUCUAGAUACUUGUGGAUUCCGCUAGAUCGUUGAUUUCAUUGGAUCGAUUGUCGUCGUAGCUUGAAGAGAAAGCUAGUGCCUUACUUUGACAACAUUCAUCGACCUCGUGAGGUCCUUUCAAGCCUGGAGAAGGAGUCCGAGUCCAGUUCGAGAAGCCUUGUGGAAUCACAGUUUAGUGAGGAAAACUGUGAAGAGAGAAUUGCUUCCAAUCCCAUUCUGGAAGCCGUUGAGGAGACACUUUCCGUGCAUUCUGAAGAAGAAGAAGAAGCUCGGCCCAAUCCUGACCAAGAAGCAAUGGCGGAGCAGAAUGUCCAGUACAUGGGAGAUUUUUCCAGGCCAGUUAUUGGGACCACUAGCACUUCUGCGAUAGUGUUUCCCACGGCGGUCCGGAAUUAUAAUCUGAAGCCCAACGACUCAAACCUGCUGCCGCUCUUUCACGGGAUGCCCAGUGAGGACGCCUUGCAGUUCAUCCGUGAUUUCUGCACCCAAGUGCAGACCUUCCCACUGCUGGAGCUCACCGAGGAUCAGUUGAGACUCAAGUGCUUACCUUAUGCACUCAAGGACCGGGCGAGAACGUGGUUAUUGUCCUUGCCGCCGAACUCCAUCACCACAUGGGGAGAGGCAAGUGAGAAGUUCAUGCUCAAGUACUACCCUAAUCACAAGACUCAAGAGAUUAGGAGCCAAAUAAUGAACUUCAUGCAAGGAGCUGACGAGCCUUUCCACGAGGCUUGGGAGAGAUUCCAAGAGCUCCUCCGCCAGUGCCCACAGCACCAGUUACCACCUGUCAUGUUGAUGCAGUUCUUCUAUGACGGAUUGAUUCAGACGGCACAGUUUAUGGUGGACAGUACAGCAGGGGGCAACAUUGCCCGGAAGACAGCUGAUGAGCUCAAGGAGAUUUUCAACACACUUGCAGCGAGUUCUCAACAGAAAUCAGCUAGAGGAAGGAGGUUUGAAGCCAAUGCAGUAGCUCCCAACAAUGAGCUUCAGAAGCAAGUAGCAGAAUUGAUGAGGCAAGUUCAGCACCUCAAGAUGAACCAGGCAGAAGCCCCACCAGUUCACGCGCCACCAGCAGAAGGAUGUGGAAUUUGUGGCGAUUUUGGUCAUGGAACCAACGCGUGCCAUCGCAUGGGGGGAUUCACACCUGAAGGAGAAGCAGAGGUCUAUGCUGCUCAGAGCUAUCCGGGGAGGCCUCAAUUUGAACAGAGGCCUAUCUUUAAUCAAGGGCAACAAAGCUCCAAUUCGGGUUGGAGAGCUCAGCAGCAGAACUACACUCAAGCUUAUCAGCAGCAGCAGCCCCCGCAGUAUCAGCAGUAUCAACAGUUCCCUAUGCAACAAGGGAAUUUUCAGCAGCAGCAGCAAUACCAGAAUGCCUCCCAACAGUGUCAGAAGCAAGCUCAACCGCAGAAGCCGUCUCUCGAGGACACCAUGCAGUCCUUCAUGGAGAUGACCAAACAGAACAUGGAGUCUCAGAGUGCUACCAUCAAGCGCCUCGAGACUACAGUUGGGCAACUUACAGGAGCCCUAAAUCAGCUGCAGCAAGAACAGCCAACUGGGAAGUUCCUAAACCAGGACAAACAGCCGCGUCAAGCUCAUGCCGUGGCGGUAAUCAAGGAAACUACCCCAAUAACCACGGGGAAAUGGAGAAGCAGAACCGUGCAAGCAAUCAAGGCAACCCAAUGCCCCAGUGAGCCACUGCCACCUGUCACUGUUGCACCAGACCAACCACCACCCAAGCAAGGAGAUCCAGGUAGCUUUAUCGUUGAUAUUAGCUUAGGAGGGGUUGAAAAGGUCUUGGGAAUGCUUGAUUUGGGCGCGGCAGUCAAUUUGAUGCCGCUUGAUAUUUUUGAGAGGUUGGGAAAUAAAGAGCUGAAAUGCACGAACAUUAAGAUAGAACUAGCUGACGGCUCCAUUAGCAGCCCACGAGGCCUUGUCGAGGAUGUUGAGGUAGUCGUGAGGGGGAUUAGUGUCUUGGUUGAUUUUGUUGUCCUUGAUGAGGGAAAAGGGAUUAGAGGCGAGAAUGGGCAUCUCGUGCUACUUGGCCGACCCUUUAUGGCUACCACCCAUACUCGCAUUGAUGUGGGUACGGGAACUGUAAGUAUGGUAGGGGCAGGUAGAGCGGUAACAUUCUCUGUUUUUGAUCAAAAACCUACUACCCCCACUCGCUUAAUUCAAAUCUGCUCUUAUGUUGAAACCUUUAAUGCUUUGGAGGAGAACUAUAUUGUGCAGGAACUCCUUAAUAAGUUGCCGGAGGAGGACGAGAUCGUGGAGGAAUUCCUUGCUAACCUGCAGGAUGAGGCUGACAUUGAGCAGGAAUUGCUGGAAAAGCUGCAAGAGGAAGAUGAUAAAGAGCAAGGCCUUCUGUGUGCUUUGCUAUUGGAAGAAAAGCUUGAUGAGGUUGAGUCACCCAAUCUCGUUGGAUGCGUGGAUAGAGGGCCAUUCAAGGAUAUGACUUAA